AUGACCAUGGCGCGCACUGAUAUACACUAUGGCCGAGAACAGGCACUGCCGGAGUCUCGAAAGCGGAUAUCCACCGACUCAACAUCACUGUUGCGCUCCAAGAGAAAUUCUCGUACUUCGAAAGCACCAGACUCAGAAGAUCGAUGCGCUCCCGCCGACUCCGGGCUGGCCCCUGUCCGCUUGCCUAUUGAGUCCGUACAGGAGCCCUCGCCUUUUCCAGAAUUCUCUGAACAGUCAUAUUCUCCAGAAUCUAAAGGAUAUGGCUCCAUGCGCUCGGCGAAAGCCCCCUCGAUCACAGCCCCAGGUGAAUCUUACGAUGGUCUCGAUUAUCGUUCUCAGAAGGGCAGGCCCGUGAAGCCCAAAGCCCACAUCAAGCCGAUGCUUCGAAAGAUGUCCCGUGAGGAUGCCCCUUCCGCAUCUAUCGAUCUCUCCCGCUCUUCCACCGAACAGGAGGGACUGGGCAUCUAUUUGAACAUGGACCGAGAUCGACGUCGAAGCGAGUCGCUGACCGGCAUGACGUAUCGGAGAACAGCGUCCGGCUUGCAUCAUCGAUCUACCAGCGGAACUUCCCAGUUCUCAACGGCAACUGGAUCCAGUGGAGGCAAACCGGGAUCGCAGUAUGUCCACCCCAUGCGCCCAACUCCUCGGGCAUAUACUCCGCCGUUGAGUCAAUCAUACCAAACCUCGAGCAAUGAUAGCGAUGGGCUCGAGGAUGAUGAACUAGAGACCAGGACCAAAAUUUUGCAUGCCUCUGAGACGCACCGAAGCGUGCGCGCAUCUUCUGGUCCGGUUCCCCGGCUAUCGCUGCAGAUUGAAGACGACUCAUUUACUCGGCUAUCUGGGAUCUCACAGUCAAGCGUCACGGGUCGACCCUCUUUUGGUUACUCACGGGAUAAUGGAAGCACUCUUGACGCUGCGUCCCCUACCUCAAGAGCCUCUCUGGACUUUGUCUUCCGUUCUCGGACUAGAACCAGCACGGAUCCGGUCUCCCGAGCGGCCACCAUCCAAGCUGCGCGCCAGGCGUUUGAAGAAAAGGAAGCUGCCAAGACUCGCCGCUUCGAAAAGCAGCAGAUCAAAGCAGAAGAACGACAGACCCGGCGGCGAGUCAAGCGCAACAUGUCUGAAAGUCGAGAGUCACCGGCAACUCAUUCCAGCGAUGAGAUAUCGGAGAAGCCAGAAAACUUCAAAGCGUCUCAGCCGGCAGAUCCUAAAGGUCAUGAACAACAUCCAUCAGCUUCAUGGAAAUCGCAAUCCAAAAGCACCUGGGUUCUUUUUAUGACAUGGCUACGGACCCGGGUUUUCAAAUUCCGGCGAAAAUUGCGAAGAUGA